AUGUGCAUCAACCCAACCAGCUGGACAGAGCUUGUUUGUCUCUUGUCUCACAGCAAGGUGUUCUUCACCGACUACGGGCAGAUCCCCAAGGUGGAGCGCUGCGACAUGGACGGGCAGAACCGCACCAAGCUGGUGGACAGCAAGAUCGUCUUCCCCCACGGCAUCACCCUGGACCUGGUGAACCGCCUGGUCUACUGGGCUGAUGCCUACCUGGACUACAUCGAGGUGGUGGAUUACGAGGGCAAGAACAGGCACACCAUCAUCCAGGGCAUCCUGAUCGAGCACCUGUAUGGGCUGACUGUCUUUGAGAACUACCUGUACGCCACCAACUCGGACAACGCCAACGCGCAGCAGAAAACCAGCGUGAUCCGCGUCAACCGCUUCAACAGCACCGAGUACCAGCCAGCAGCUGCAGCCCCUCUCUGUGUUGCAGUGAGGAGCCACGCCUGCGAGCCAGAUCAGUUUGGGAAGCCAGGAGGCUGCUCCGACAUCUGCCUGCUGGGGAACAGCCACAAGAGCCGGACCUGCCGCUGCCGCUCCGGCUUCAGCCUGGGCAGCGACGGGAAAUCCUGCAAAAAGCCCGAGCACGAGCUGUUCCUGGUGUACGGGAAGGGACGUCCUGGCAUCAUCCGGGGCAUGGACAUGGGUGCCAAGGUGCCCGAUGAGCACAUGAUCCCUAUCGAGAACCUGAUGAACCCCAGGGCUCUGGACUUCCAUGCUGAGACUGGCUACAUCUACUUUGCUGACACCACCAGUUAUCUCAUAGGGCGCCAGAAGAUCGAUGGCACAGAGAGGGAGACAAUCCUGAAGGAUGGCAUCCACAAUGUGGAGGGCAUCGCUGUGGACUGGAUGGGGAACAAUCUGUACUGGACAGAUGAUGGCCCCAAGAAGACCAUCAGCGUGGCACGGCUGGAAAAGGCUGCCCAGACGAGGAAGACUCUGAUCGAGGGGAAGAUGACGCACCCCCGUGCCAUUGUGGUGGACCCCCUGAAUGGGUGGAUGUACUGGACAGACUGGGAGGAGGAUCCCAAGGACAGCAAGAGGGGCAAGAUUGAGAGGGCUUGGAUGGAUGGAUCCAACAGAAACAUCUUCAUCACCUCCAAGACUGUCCUGUGGCCCAACGGGCUGAGCCUGGACAUCCCAGCCAAGAUCCUCUACUGGGUGGAUGCGUACUACGACCGCAUUGAGAUGGUUUAUCUCAAUGGCACUGACAGGAAGAUCGUGUACGAGGGCCCGGAGCUGAACCACGCCUUCGGGCUGUGCCACUACAGCAAUUUUCUCUUCUGGACCGAGUACCGCAGCGGCAGCAUCUACCGCCUGGAGCAGGCCUCCAAGGCCGUGAGCCUGCUGCGCAACGAGCGCCCGCCCAUCUUCGAGAUCCGCAUGUACGACGCCCAGCAGCAGCAAGUGGGCUCCAACAAAUGCCGUGUCAACAACGGGGGCUGCAGCAGCCUGUGCCUGGCCACCCCACGGGGCCGUCAGUGCGCCUGUGCCGAGGACCAGAUCCUGGGGCCGGACUCUGUCACCUGCCAGGCCAAUCCAUCCUACAUCCCCCCGCCUCAGUGCCAGCCCGGGGAGUUCGCCUGCAAGAACAACCGCUGCAUCCAGGAGCGCUGGAAAUGUGAUGGGGACAACGACUGCCUGGACAACAGUGACGAGGCCCCCGAGCUCUGCCACCAGCACACCUGCCCCUCAGACCGCUUCAAGUGCAAGAACAACCGCUGCAUCCCCAACCGCUGGCUCUGCGACGGCGACAACGACUGUGGCAACAACGAGGACGAGUCCAACUCCACCUGCUCAGCCCGGACCUGCUCUCCCAACCAGUUCUCCUGCGCCAGUGGCCGCUGCAUCCCCAUCUCCUGGACCUGUGACCUGGAUGAUGACUGUGGGGACCGCUCCGACGAGUCUGCCUCGUGUGCCUACCCGACCUGCUUCCCCCUGACACAGUUCACCUGCAACAACGGGCGCUGCAUCAACAUCAACUGGCGCUGUGACAACGACAACGACUGUGGGGACAACAGUGACGAGGCUGGCUGCAGCCACUCCUGCUCCAGCAACCAGUUCAAAUGCAACAGCGGCCGCUGCAUCCCCGUGCACUGGACCUGUGAUGGGGACAACGACUGUGGGGACUACAGUGACGAGACCCACGCCAACUGCACCAACCAGGCCACACGGCCGGCGCACCAUCCACAAGGAGACGGGCUCGGGGGGAUGGCCCAACGGGCUCACUGUGGAUUAUCUGGAGAAGAGGAUCCUCUGGAUCGAUGCCAGACCCGGUGGUGCCCCCUCCUCACCUCCCUCACCCUCAUCUCCCCCCGGCACAGGUCGGACGCCAUCUACUCAGCCCUGUAUGAUGGCACAGGGCACAUCGAGGUGCUGAGGGGACACGAGUACCUGUCCCACCCCUUUGCUGUCACCCUCUAUGGCGGGGAGGUCUACUGGACUGACUGGCGCACCAACACCUUGGCCAAGGCCAACAAGUGGACAGGGCACAACGUGACCGUGGUGCAGAGGACCAACACUCAGCCCUUUGACCUGCAGGUGUAUCACCCCUCCAGGCAGCCCCUGGCUCCUAAUCCCUGUGAAGCCAACGGGGGCAAAGGGCCGUGUUCCCACCUCUGCCUCAUCAACUACAACCGCACCCUGUCCUGUGCCUGCCCCCACCUCAUGAAGCUGGACAAGGACAACACCACCUGCUAUGAGUUUAAGAAAUUCCUGCUGUACGCACGGCAGAUGGAGAUCCGGGGCGUGGACAUUGACAACCCCUACUACAACUACAUCAUCUCCUUCACCGUGCCUGACAUUGACAACGUCACCGUGGUGGACUACGACGCCCUGGAGCAGCGCAUUUACUGGUCAGAUGUCCGCACCCAGACCAUCAAGAGAGCCUUCAUCAACGGCACCGGCGUGGAGACCGUGGUGUCUGCAGACCUGCCCAACGCUCACGGCCUCUCCGUGGAUUGGGUUUCCAGAAAUCUCUUCUGGACCAGCUACGAUGCCAACAAGAAACAGAUCAACGUGGCCAGGCUGGAUGGCUCCUUCAAGAACGCUGUGAUCCAAGGGCUGGACAAGCCUCACUGCCUGGUGGUGCACCCACUCCGGGGGAAGCUCUACUGGACAGAUGGGGACAACAUCAGUGUGGCCAACAUGGAUGGCAGCAACCGCACGCUGCUGUUCACCAACCAGAAGGGACCUGUUGGCCUGGCCAUCGACUACCCAGAGAGCAAACUGUACUGGAUCAGCUCUGGCAACGGCACCAUCAACAGGUGUGACCUGGAUGGCAGCAACCUGGAGGUGAUCGAGUCCCUGAGGAGCCAGCUGAGCAAGGCCACCGCCCUGGCCAUCAUGGGGGACAAGCUGUGGUGGGCUGACCAGGCCUCGGAGAGGAUGGGCACCUGCAACAAGAAGGACGGCUCGGAGGUGACGGUGCUGCGCAACAGCACCACGCUGGUGAUGCACAUGAAGGUGUACGAUGAGAGCAUCCAGCAAGCUGGGACCAACCCCUGCAGCCAGAACAACGGCGACUGCUCACAGCUGUGCCUGCCCACCUCGGAGAGCUCCCGCUCCUGCAUGUGCACUGCUGGCUACAGCCUCAAGAGUGGGCAGCAGUCCUGUGAAGGUGUUGGCUCCUUCCUGCUGUACUCAGUGCACGAGGGGAUCCGGGGCAUCCCCCUGGACCCCAAUGACAAGUCGGACGCUCUGGUGCCGGUGUCGGGGACCUCCCUGGCUGUGGGAAUCGACUUCCACGCAGAGAAUGACACCAUUUACUGGGUGGACAUGGGCCUGAGCACCAUCAGUCGAGCCAAGAGGGACCAGACGUGGCGUGAGGACGUGGUGACCAACGGCAUUGGCCGCGUGGAGGGCAUUGCUGUGGAUUGGAUUGCAGGAAACAUCUACUGGACGGACCAGGGGUUUGAUGUCAUUGAGGUGGCCAGGCUGAACGGGUCCUUCCGCUACGUGGUCAUCUCACAAGGGCUGGACAAGCCACGGGCCAUCACAGUCCAUCCAGAGAAGGGGUACCUGUUCUGGACAGAGUGGGGGCAGUACCCCCGCAUCGAGCGCUCGCGCCUGGACGGCACCGAGAGAAUGGUGCUGGUCAACGUCAGCAUCAGCUGGCCCAACGGCAUCUCCGUGGACUACGAGGAUGGGAAGCUGUACUGGUGUGAUGCUCGGACAGACAAAAUCGAACGGAUUGACCUGGAGACGGGUGAGAACAGAGAGGUUGUCCUGUCCAGCAACAACAUGGACAUGUUCUCCGUGUCAGUCUUUGAGGAAUACAUUUACUGGAGUGAUAGGACCCAUGCCAACGGCUCCAUCAAAAGAGGAAACAAGGACAACGCCACCGAGUCAGUGUCCCUGAGGACUGGGAUUGGUGUGCAGCUCAAGGACAUCAAAGUCUUCAACCGGGACGGCGUCAGCUGCCGCGACUACGACGGGUACCUGCUCUACUCGGAGCGCACCAUCCUCAAGAGCAUCCACCUGUCGGAUGAGAACAACCUCAACGCGCCCAUCAAGCCCUUCGAGGAUGCUGAGCACAUGAAGAAUGUCAUCGCUUUGGCCUUCGAUUACCGCUACGGCUCCAAGGGCAGCAACCGCAUCUUCUACAGCGACAUCCACUUCGGGAACAUCCAGCAGAUCAAUGACGAUGGCACGGGGCGCAAGACCAUUGUGGAGAGGACACUUUUGGCUAGCCUGAUGUUCUGGACCAACUGGAACGAGCAGCACCCCAGCAUCAUGCGGGCCACCCUCUCCGGCGCCAACGUCCUCAUCAUCAUCGACCAGGACAUACGGACACCCAACGGGUUGGCCAUCGACCACAAGGCUGAGAAGAUUUACUUCUCUGAUGCCACCCUGGACAAGAUUGAGCGCUGCGAAUACGAUGGCUCCCAUCGCCACGUGAUCCUGAAGUCGGAGCCCGUGCACCCCUUUGGCCUGGCCGUGUAUGGGGAUUACAUCUUCUGGACAGACUGGGUGCGCCGGGCCGUGCAGCGCGCCAACAAAUACGUGGGCACCGACAUGAAGCUGCUCAGAGUGGACAUCCCCCAGCAGCCCAUGGGCAUCAUCGCCGUGGCCAACGACACCGACAGCUGUGAGCUGUCCCCGUGCCGGGUGAACAACGGUGGCUGCCAGGACCUGUGCCUGCUCACCCCCAAGGGCCACGUCAACUGCUCCUGCCGCGGGGAGCGCGUCCUGCAGGAGGAUUUCACCUGCAAAGCUGUGAAUUCCACCUGCAACGUGCACGAGGAGUUUGAGUGCGGGAAUGGAGAAUGCAUCGACUUCAGCCGCACCUGCGACGGCGUCGUGAACUGCAAGGACAAGUCGGACGAGAAGCAGUCCUACUGCAGCAGCCGUAAGUGCAAGAAGGGCUUCCUGCACUGCAUGAACGGGCGCUGCGUCGCCAGCCGCUACUGGUGUGACGGCGUGGACAACUGCGGGGACAACUCGGACGAGGUGCCCUGCAACAGAUUCCUCUCAGCUGCCACCGACUGCAGCAGCUACUUCAGGCUGGGGGUGAAGGGCACCACGUUCCAGAAGUGUGAGCACACGUCGCUGUGCUAUGCCCCCAGCUGGGUGUGUGACGGUGCCAACGACUGCGGCGAUUUCUCGGACGAGCGCAACUGCCCCGUAGGUGGGAGGAAGCCCAAAUGUCCAUCCAACUACUUUGCCUGCCCGAGUGGGAGGUGCAUCCCCAUGACCUGGACCUGUGACAAGGAGGAUGACUGCGAGAACGGCGAGGAUGAGGCGCAGUGCAGUGAGCGGCAGGACAAGUUCUGCUACCCCGUGCAGUUUGAGUGCAACAACCACCGCUGCAUCUCCAAGCUCUGGGUGUGUGAUGGGGCUGACGACUGUGGGGAUGGCUCUGAUGAGGACAGUCGCUGCCGGCUCACCACCUGCAGCUCAGGAUCCUUCCAGUGCCCUGGCACCUACGUGUGCGUGCCGGAGCGCUGGCUGUGUGACGGGGACAAGGACUGCGCUGACGGGGCUGAUGAGACCCUCGCUGCUGGCUGCUUGUACAACAACACCUGCGAUGAGAGGGAGUUCAUGUGUGGGAACCGGCAGUGCAUCCCCAAGCACUUCGUCUGCGACCAUGACGAUGACUGCGGUGAUGGCUCUGAUGAGUCCCCGGAAUGUGAAUAUCCCACCUGUGGCCCCCACGAGUUCCGCUGCCAGAACGGCCGCUGCCUCAGCAACCGGCAGUGGGAGUGCGACGGCGAGUUCGACUGCCACGACCAUUCGGAUGAGGCACCCAAAAACCCACGCUGCAGCAGCCCAGAAAACAAGUGCAACGACUCCUUCUUCCUGUGCAAGAACGGGAAUUGCAUCUCCGAGGCGCUGCUGUGCGACAACAACAACGACUGCGCCGACGGCUCCGACGAGCUCAACUGCUUCAUCAACGAGUGCCUCAACAAGAAGCUGAGUGGCUGCUCCCAGGAGUGUGAGGACCUCAAGAUUGGGUACAAGUGCAGAUGCCGUCCCGGAUUCCGGCUGAAGGACGACGGGAAGACGUGCAUCGACAUCGACGAGUGCUCCACCACCUACCCCUGCAGCCAGAAGUGCAUCAACACCCUGGGCAGCUACAAGUGCCUCUGCACCGAGGGCUACAAGCUCAGACCUGACAACCCCACCAGCUGCAAGGCUGUCACAGAUGAAGAACCUUUCCUCAUCUUUGCCAACCGCUAUUAUCUGAGGAAGCUCAACCUGGAUGGCUCCAACUACACUCUGCUCAAACAGGGGCUGAACAACGCUGUGGCUCUGGAUUUCGACUACAGGGAGCAGAUGAUCUACUGGACAGAUGUCACCACGCAGGGCAGCAUGAUCCGCCGCAUGCACAUCAACGGCAGCAACGUCCAGGUGGGGACUGGGGGAAUCCACAGAAUUACAGGGAAAAUCAGAGGGUUUUUGGGGAAAGCUGCAAAAGGCAGGCCUCAGAUACAGCAGAACGCUUACUUUGAGGAAUUUCUGUGGUUUCCAGCUCACCAUCUCUUGUGUUUCACCCCCAGCUACCUCUACUGGACAGACUGGGGUGACCACUCUCUGAUUGGGAAGAUCGGCAUGGACGGCACCAACCGCAGCGUCAUCGUGGACACCAAGAUCACCUGGCCCAACGGGCUCACCCUGGACUACAUCAACAGCAGGAUCUACUGGGCUGAUGCCCGCGAGGACUACAUCGAGUUUGCCAGCCUGGAUGGCUCCAACAGGCACACGGUGCUGAGCCAGGACAUCCCUCACAUCUUCGCGCUCACCCUCUUCGAGGAUUUCAUCUACUGGACUGACUGGGAGACCAAAUCCAUCAACCGAGCCCACAAAACAACAGGAGCCAACAAGACCCUGCUGAUCAGCACCUUGCACAGGCCCAUGGACAUCCACAUCUACCACCCCUACCGCCAGCCUGACGUUCCCAACCACCCCUGCAAGACCAACAACGGUGGCUGCAGCAACCUCUGCCUGCUUUCCCCAGGUGGGGGGCACAAAUGUGCCUGUCCCACCAACUUCUACCUGGGCAGUGAUGGCAAAACCUGCGUGUCCAACUGCACUGCCAGCCAGUUUGUCUGCAAGAACGACAAGUGCAUCCCUUUCUGGUGGAAAUGCGACACCGAGGACGAUUGCGGGGACCGGUCGGACGAGCCGGAGGAUUGCCCUGAGUUCAAGUGCAGGCCAGGGCAGUUCCAGUGCUCCACAGGGAUCUGCACCAACCCCGCCUUCAUCUGCGACGGCGACAACGACUGCCAGGACAACUCGGAUGAGGCCAACUGUGACAUCCACGUCUGCCUGCCCAGCCAGUUCAAGUGCACCAACACCAACCGCUGCAUCCCCGGCAUCUUCCGCUGCAACGGGCAGGACAACUGUGGGGACGGAGAGGAUGAGAAGGAUUGUCCCGAGGUGACCUGUGCCCCCAACCAGUUCCAGUGUGCCAUCACCAAGCGCUGCAUCCCGCGGGUCUGGGUGUGUGACCGUGACAACGACUGCGUGGACGGCUCUGAUGAACCUGCUAACUGCACCCAGAUGACCUGUGGUGUGGAUGAAUUCCGCUGCAAGGACUCGGGCAGGUGCAUCCCUGCACGCUGGAAAUGUGACGGGGAGGACGACUGUGGGGAUGGAUCUGAUGAGCCCAAGGAGGAAUGCGACGAGCGCACGUGCGAGCCGUACCAGUUCCGCUGCAAGAACAACCGCUGCGUGCCGGGCCGCUGGCAGUGCGACUACGACAACGACUGCGGGGACAACUCUGACGAGGAGAGCUGCAGUACGUGCCACCCCUCGGUCCCUGCUGUCCCCAGGGUGGGGCACUGCUCAGGGGACAGGUUUGGGCCACCCCAGCCAGGACAGGGCUGUCCCUGUGCCAUCCAUGCCCUCCUUUGGGGCAGUGCUGACCCUGUCCCUGACCCUGUCCCUGUCCCUGCCCUGUCCCUGUCCCUGUCCCUGUCCCAUCCAUGCCUUCCUUUGGAGCACCAGUCCCCCACGGCCAAGCCCAAGAGCUGCAGCCAGGACAAGAACGAGUUCCUGUGUAUGAACAGGAAGUGCAUCAGUGCCAACCUCCGCUGCAACUUCUUCGAUGACUGUGGAGAUGGCUCUGAUGAGGAAUUCUGCUCCCCCGAGCACAAGUCAUACGACUGCAAGACCAACACCACCAUGUGUGGGGAUGAGGCCCACUGUGUCCAGUACCAGUCCACCUCCUACUGCACCUGCCGUAGAGGCUUCCAGAAGGUGCCAGACAAGAAUUUUUGCCAAGUGAAAUUCCAGUGUCCCCCCAACAGACCGUUCCGCUGCAAGAACGACCGCGUGUGUCUGUGGAUCGGUCGGCAGUGCGACGGGAUCGACAACUGUGGAGACAACACGGAUGAGAAGGACUGCGGAGGUUCCAUGGCUUUCACAGCACAUCAGGAGAUGGAAACUGUGAAAGACUGCACCCCUCGCUGCGAGUUUGACCAGUUCAAGUGCAAGAACGGGCACUGCAUCCCCAUGCGCUGGCGCUGCGACGCCGACGCCGACUGCAUGGAUGGCAGCGACGAGGAGAACUGUGGCACAGGGGUCCGCACGUGUCCCCUGGACGAGUUCCAGUGCAACAACACCCUGUGCAAGCCCCUGGCCUGGAAGUGUGACGGGGAGGACGAUUGUGGGGACAACUCAGACGAGAAUCCUGAGGAGUGCUGUGAAACCAUGUACUGGUCAGACUGGGGCAAUCACCCCAAGAUCGAGACAGCUGCCAUGGAUGGGACACUGCGGGAGACCCUGGUGCAGGACAACAUCCAGUGGCCAACAGGUCUGGCUGUGGACUACCACAAUGAGAGGCUGUACUGGGCUGAUGCCAAGCUCUCCGUCAUCGGCAGCAUCCGCCUCAACGGCACCGACCCCGUGGUGGCCAUCGACAACAAAAAGGGGCUGAGCCACCCGUUCAGCAUCGACAUCUUUGAGGACUACAUCUACGGCGUCACCUACAUCAACAACCGCAUCUUCAAGAUCCACAAAUUUGGGCACAAGCCCGUCACCAACCUGACCUCCGGCCUCAACCACGCCACCGACGUGGUGCUCUACCACCAGUACAAGCAGCCAGAGGUGACCAACCCUUGUGACCGUAAGAAGUGCGAGUGGCUCUGCCUGCUCAGCCCCAGUGGCCCCGUGUGCACCUGCCCCAAUGGCAAACGCCUGGACAAUGGCACCUGUGUGGUUGUCCCCUCGCCCACCGUGUCCCCUGUAGUGCCCACCACCGACACGUGUGACCUGGAGUGCCUGAACGGUGGCAGCUGCUUCCUGAACGCCCGCAAGCAGGCAAAGUGUCGAUGCCAACCCCACUACAGCGGGGACAGGUGCCAGAUCAACCAGUGCUCAGGCUUCUGCCAGAACGGGGGCACCUGCGCUGCCUCCCCCUCAGGAAUGCCAACGUGCCGCUGCCCCACGGGUUUCACGGGCCCCAGGUGUAACCAGCAGGUGUGCUCGGGUUACUGCCAGCACAACGGCAGCUGCAGCGUCAACCAGGGCAACCAGCCCAGCUGCCGCUGCCCGCCCUCCUUCAUCGGGGACCGCUGCCAGUACCGACAAUGCUUUGAUUACUGCGAGAACGACGGCGUGUGCCAGAUGACAGCCAGCGGUGCCAAGCAGUGCCGCUGCCCCCCUCAGUUCGAGGGUGCCCAGUGCCAGGAGAACAAGUGCUCCCGCUGCCAGGAGGGCAAGUGCAGCAUCAACAAGCAGAGUGGAGAGGUUUCCUGCAUCUGCCCCGAUGGCAAGAUCGCCCCGAGCUGCCUGACCUGUGACAAUUUCUGCCUGCACGGCGGCACCUGCUCCAUCAGCGACAAGAGCCAGCUGCCAGAGUGCCAGUAAGAGACGA